AUGGGCCGUCACGGCUUGAACGCAUCGCUGCUCGUCAGAGACCCAGAAACAAAGGAGAUAUAUGUUAACCUUGACCCCUUGGUCCUGGAGGUGCUGCAUGAGGCUAAGUGCAUGCAUAAGCUUGGCAUCGCCGUCCCAACGGUGAUCCUGAAUAUGUGUGCCAAAGAAGUCGAGCUGAAGGCCCAUCAAAACAGGCUACAGGAAAUGCUGCAGGACUUUGAAGCAGUCUUAUCCAGGAUUCCUCCCCUUCUCCUCCCCCUGAUGCAGCCCUUCAUCAGCCGCGUGGAGAGCUCGCUCUCCCAAGGGCUCACCACUCUCUCCUGGACAUCACUCAACACCAACAGAUUCAUAGAGAAUGUAUAUGGAGUACUGCAAGAAGUGGAGCAAGUUGCAAAGGUUGCCAUGGAUACACUGGAGUGUCGCAUCGAGAGGGUCCUACAGGCCAUGUCGUCCACUGCCCUGCUGGUGCUGCCCGAGGAUAUGCCUGUUUCAUCCCAAAACUUUCAGAGCCAAGCUGAGGACACUGUGAAGUCUGCUGGGCAGGCACUGAGCAUCCAAAGUAAGCAAGUGGAAAUGUCUAUGCACGAGAUGAUUGAGGAACUGAAAAAGAGGAUGACGCCAGCAGAAACAGUCAACCUAGAGGGGUCUCUCCAGUGUCUACACCCGGAUGCUAAACAGAAGACACGUUGCCAGUCGUGUCUAGCCUGUUGCUUUUACAACCUGAUGGCUCAGCUGUGCCAGAGGAACACAGAGGCCCUGGUCAAAGCUACAAGGUCAUCCCUUGAUUCUCUGAGGCGAAGGCUUCAUGUGGCGAGUUCCAAGUACCAGUCGUCCUCGUACCUGAGUCGACCACAGGUCCAGGUUCCUCUCUUCAAGGCCUCUAUUCAGCUGGCCAUUCCCAACAUCGUCCUCAAGCCUAGUCUGGAGGACAUCCAGGCAGAGCAGGCUGCAGUGAGGGACGCUGGGGACGACGGCCCCCUGACCAAGCAGCUGGUUCUCAAGCCCCUGGACCGGCAGCUGGCCGAGCACAAGGACGUCACCAAGGCCGUCAUCCAGCUGGGUUCCAUCGUGUCCUCCCUCAGGACCGAGGCCGGGGACGUGCUGCAGGAGUUCCAUCACUUCUCCACCCUGUGGAAUCAGGACCCAGAGGAGGAAGUGAAAACCUUCCUGGAGACCAGUCCAUCCCUCCCAGCGUUCAGCACUCAGAUUUCCUCCUACUCUAAACUGGAAGCUCAGAUUGAAGACUUGCCAGCAUCCUGCACUGUGGGUUCAGUCCUGUUCCACACAGACCACCUCAAGCUCUCCCUGACCCAGGAGUGCCGUGCCUGGAAACGGGCCUUCGGAGCUGCGCUGAACAGCCAGGCCUCAGCCGACAUGGCCGACAUCUACUCCUUUGUGGACGGCCUGACCAAGAGGCUCCAGAGGCCUAUCGAAGACCUGGAGGACGUUAGGGGAGCCAUGGCCUCUCUCCGAGAGGUCAGAGAGGCAGAGAUCCGGAUAGAUGCCACCAUCGGCCCCGUGGAGGAGUCGUUUGCCCUACUCAACCGCCACGAGUUGAUCUUCAGUGACGGGAACGCAGAGAAGGUGGACGGGCUGACGUACGCCUGGAGUAACCUCAAUGCACUGGUGAUGGAAACCCAAACUACCCUGGUGAAGAUUCAACCUGCCAUGAAGGCAGACCUACUGUCAAGGGUGGAGACCUUCCAGAACUCUGUCCAGACCUACUACUCAGAUUAUGACAAAAGUGGCCCUGGAGUUGAGGGGUUGACUCCAGAUGAAGCCAGCGACAGACUGCAGAGCUUCCAGGCCCAGUUCAAUGAGCUGUGGAGAAAAUAUGUUACCUACUCUGGAGGGGAGGAGCUAUUCGGCCUCUCAGUUAACGAAUAUCCGGAUCUUCAGAGAAUUAAAAGAGAGCUGGGUCUUUUGUUGAAACUUUACACUCUCUACAACUCUGUCACUGAAAGCGUCACUGGUUACUACGAUAUCCAAUGGGCUGACCUAAACGUAGACAAGAUCAACAAUGAACUGCAGGAUUUCCAGAACAGAAUCCGGAAACUUCCCAAGGCGCUGAAGGAGUGGCAAGCCUUUAGUGACCUGAAGAAGACGAUCGAUGACUUCAACGAGACGUGCCCCCUACUUUACAUGAUGGCUAACAAGGCGAUGAUGUCCAGGCAUUGGAGCCGCCUCAGUGACCUCACAGGUCACAUCUUUGAGGUGGAGUCGGAGAGCUUUGCCCUCAGAAACAUCAUGGAGGCACCACUGCUCAAAUACAAAGAGGAUGUUGAGGAUGUGUGCAUCAGCGCCGUGAAGGAGAGGGACAUUGAGGCCAAACUGAAAGACGUGGUGGCCGAGUGGAGCAGCCACACGCUCACCUUUGCCCCCUUCAGGAACCGGGGGGAACUGCUACUGAAGGGUACUGACACUGCAGAGAAGGUGGCCCUCAUGGAGGACAGUCUUAUGGUGCUGGCCUCACUCAUGGGCAACCGGUAUAAUGCCCCAUUCAAGCCUUCCAUCCAGCAGUGGGUGCUGAAGCUGUCUAAUACCACUGAGGUCAUAGAGAAAUGGCUGACGGUUCAGAAUCUGUGGAUCUACCUGGAGGCCGUAUUUGUCGGAGGGGAUAUCGCUAAGCAGCUGCCUCAGGAAGCCAAGAGGUUCCAGAACAUCGACAAGUCCUGGCAGAAGAUCAUGCAGCGUGCCCACGAGGUGACAGGUGUGGUGCAGUGCUGUGUGGGGGACGAGACCCUCAGCCAGCUGUUGCCCCAUCUUCUGGAGCAGCUGGAGGUGUGUCAGAAGUCUCUGAGCGGCUACCUGGAGAAGAAGAGGCUGGUGUUCCCUCGGUUCUUCUUUGUCUCCGACCCUGCUCUACUGGAGGUCCUGGGACAGGCCUCGGACUCCCACACCAUACAGGCUCAUCUGCUGAGUCUUUUCGACAAUGUGAACUGUGUGGUUUUCCAUGAGAAGAACUAUGACCAGAUCCUAAGCUUCCAGUCCCAGGAGGGAGAGACAGUAGAUUUAUCCGAACCUGUUUUGGCUCAGGGAAAUGUGGAAGCCUGGCUGGGGCUCUUGCUGGACAGAGUGAGGAAGACCAUCCAUUGCAUUAUCCGGCAGGCUCACAUGUCCAUCAGUGACGCAGGACUAAAGCUGAUGGAGUUCCAGUCUGUGUUCCCAGCCCAGGUGGGUCUGCUGGGCAUCCAGAUGAUCUGGACCAGGGAUGCAGAGGAAGCCCUGAGGCUCAGCAAGGGAGACAAAAAGAUCAUGCAAACUACCAAUCAGAAAUUCGGGGAUAUCCUGAAUGAGCUGAUUGAUAUGACCACUCGAGACUUGAGCAGGAACGAACGCACCAAGUACGAGACUCUGAUCACCAUCCAUGUGCAUCAGAAAGACAUAUUCGACGACCUGGUGCGAAUGAACAUCCGAUCGACAUCAGACUUUGAGUGGCAGAAGCAAUCCCGCUUCUACUUCAUCGAGGACAAGGACAGAUGUAUAAUCCAGAUCACUGACGUGGAGUUUGGCUACUGCAACGAGUAUCUGGGCUGUACCGACAGACUGGUCAUCACCCCUCUCACUGACAGGUGUUACAUCACCCUGUCCCAAGCUCUGGGUAUGAGUAUGGGAGGGGCCCCGGCAGGGCCGGCUGGUACAGGUAAGACCGAGACCACCAAAGACAUGGGCCGUUGCCUGGGGAAGUAUGUUGUCGUCUUCAACUGCUCCGACCAGAUGGACUACAGAGGGCUAGGACGAAUCUAUAAAGGUUUGGCUCAGUCAGGAGCAUGGGGCUGCUUCGAUGAGUUCAACCGCAUCGAGCUCCCUGUCCUGUCAGUAGCAGCCCAGCAGAUAUAUAUAGUGUUGCAAUCCAAAAAGAACAAGAAGACACAGUUUAUCUUCACGGACGGGGACUUGGUGGAAAUGGACAGAGAGUUUGGCAUCUUCCUAACCAUGAACCCUGGAUAUGCUGGCCGCCAGGAGCUUCCAGAGAACCUGAAGAUCCAGUUCCGUACGGUGGCCAUGAUGGUUCCAGACAGAGCCAUCAUCAUGAGGGUGAAGUUAGCCAGCGCCGGUUUCCGUGACAACCAAGUCCUCAGCCGCAAGUUCUACACCCUGUACAAGCUGUGUGAAGAGCAGCUCUCCAAGCAGGUCCACUAUGACUUUGGGCUAAGGAACAUACUGUCAGUGUUGAGGACACUGGGUUCAGUGAAGAGGUCCAACCCCACUGAGCCAGAGAAAACGGUAGUGAUGCGGGUGCUGCGCGACAUGAACCUCUCCAAACUGGUGGAUGAGGAUGAGCCUCUGUUCAUGAGCCUGAUCAACGACCUGUUCCCUGGGAUCAUUCUGGACAAGGCAGGCUACCCCGACCUGGAGGCUGCCAUCCACACCCAGACCCAUCAGGCUGGCCUCAUCCCUCACCAGCCAUGGGUCCUCAAACUGGUGCAGCUCUACGAGACCCAGCGGGUUCGCCACGGUAUGAUGACGCUAGGCCCCAGCGGAGCUGGGAAGACCACGUGCAUCCACACACUGAUGAGGGCCAUGUCGGACUGUGGCACCCCUCACCGAGAGAUGAGGAUGAACCCCAAGGCCAUUACUGCAUCCCAGAUGUUUGGUACCCUGGAUGUGGCCACCAACGACUGGACUGAUGGGGUCUUCUCAACCCUGUGGAGGAAAACGCUCAAAGCCAAGAAGGGGGAGCACAUCUGGAUCGUACUGGACGGCCCUGUGGACGCCAUCUGGAUUGAAAACCUCAACUCGGUCCUGGACGACAACAAGACCCUGACCCUGGCUAACGGCGACCGCAUCCCUAUGGCGCCUAACUGUAAGGUGGUGUUUGAGCCCCACAACAUCGACAACGCCUCCCCGGCCACAGUGUCCCGCAACGGCAUGGUGUUCAUGAGUUCCUCUGUGCUGGACUGGAAGCCUAUCCUUCAGGCCUGGCUCCACAGGGUGCCAUCACAGCAGGCAGAGGUGCUCCUGGGCUGCUUCCAUAGUGUUUUCCAGGAUUUGAUCAACUUUGUCUUCACUGCUGUGUCUCCCAAAAUGCCCACCCUGGAGUGUAUGUACAUCAAGCAGACCAUUGACCUUCUGCAGGGUCUACUUCCUGCGGUGGAGGAGAAGCAGGCUCAGGGGGACUUAUCACGGCUCUUUGUGUUUGCUGUCAUGUGGUCAGUGGGGGCUCUGCUGGAGCUGGAGGACAGAUCCAAAAUGGAGGCCUUCUUACAGGCCCACCCUGCCACUCUGGACCUGCCCCAGACCCAAGGAGACCAGACCAUCUUUGAAUUCAUGGUCAAUGAACGUGGCCAGUGGGAGCACUGGUCCAAGAAGGUGCCAGAGUACAAGUAUCCCACAGACUCUGUCCCGGACUACUCAUCUAUCCUGGUGCCCAACGUGGACAAUGUGAGGACAGACUUCCUGAUGCAGACCAUCAUGAAACAGGGCAAAGCCGUGCUGCUCAUCGGGGAACAGGGGACUGCCAAGACCGUCAUGAUCAAGGGCUAUACCAGUAAGUUUGAUCCUGAAACUCACCUGAGCAAGAGCUUGAACUUCUCCUCGGCCACCCUGCCCAGUAUGUUCCAGAGGACCAUAGAGAGCUACAUUGACAAGAGGAUGGGCUCCACGUAUGGGCCGCCAGCAGGCAAGAAGAUGACUGUGUUUGUGGAUGACAUCAACAUGCCUGUUAUCAACGAGUGGGGUGACCAGAUAACCAAUGAGAUAGUGCGUCAGCUGAUGGAGCAGGGUGGUUUCUACAGCCUGGAGAGACCAGGGGAGUUCACCAGCGUGGUGGAUGUUCAGCUGGUGGCGGCCAUGAUCCACCCCGGGGGCGGGCGCAAUGACGUGCCCCAGCGCCUCAAGAGGCAGUUCAGCACCUUCAACUGCACUCUGCCCUCCAACUCCUCCAUCGACAAGAUCUUCCGCACCGUGGCGCAGGGCUACUUCUGCCCCGAGAGGGGCUUCCCUGAGGAGGUGUGCACCCUGGCCAGCACCCUGGUGCCCACCACUAGGAGGGUGUGGCAAGCUGUCAAAGCCAAGAUGCUGCCCUCCCCAGCCAAGUUCCACUACAUCUUUAACCUGCGGGACCUCAGUCGUAUCUGGCAGGGUAUUCUCAUGGUGAGGACCGAGGUGUGCCAGGGGCCAGAGGUGCUGGCAUCACUCUUCCAUCAUGAGUGUACCCGGGUCAUUGCUGACCGCUUCAUCGACCACAAGGACAGACAGAGCUUCGAGAGCAUGCUGGAGAAGGUUACAGUGGAGGAGCAUGGAGAAGCCAUGAUAGAGCACCCCCAGUGGGAGGCCUACUUUGUGGACUUCCUAAAGGACGUCCCCGAGACCACAGGGGAGGAGCCGGAAGACAUGGAGCUGGAGGCCCCUAAGGUCUAUGAGCCCAUCCCAUCCUUCCAGGCCCUGUCGGAGCGCCUCACCACGUUCCAACUGCAGUACAACGAGGCAGUCAGAGGCAGUGCCAUGGACCUGGUCUUCUUCAAGGAUGCCAUGAUCCACCUGAUGAAGAUCAGUCGUAUCGUCCGCACCCCUCAGGGGAAUGCCCUCCUGGUGGGGGUGGGGGGCUCAGGGAAGCAGAGCCUCACCCGCCUGGCUUCCUUCAUCGCUGGAUACCAGAGCUUUCAAAUCAUCCUGACCAGGACGUACAACACCAGCAACCUCAUGGAGGACCUGAAGUCUUUGUACCGCAUCGCCGGACAGCAGGGCAAAGGAGUCACCUUCAUCUUCACCGACAACGACAUCAAGGAGGAGUCUUUCCUGGAGUACAUGAACAACGUGCUGGCCUCGGGCGAGGUCUCCAACCUGUUCGCCCGUGACGAAGUCGAUGAAAUCACCCAGGACCUCAUCCCAGCCAUGAAACGCGAGCACCCUCGCCGCCCACCCACUGCUGAAAACCUCUACGACUACUUCCUGUCGCGAGUGAGGAGCAACCUGCACGUGGUGUUGUGCUUCUCGCCGGUGGGGGAGAAGUUCCGAACAAGAGCCCUCAAGUUCCCAGGUCUGAUAUCGGGCUGUACUAUUGACUGGUUCCAGCGUUGGCCACGGGACGCACUAGUGGCAGUCGCACAUCACUUCCUGUCCCAGUAUACGUUCCAAUGCUCUGAAGACGUUAAGCAGAGUGUAGUCCACACCAUGGGGACCUUUCAGGACCUGGUGGCCGAGAAGUGCACAGAGUACUUUGAGCGGUUCCGCCGCCAGACCUACGUCACGCCCAAGUCCUACCUGUCCUUCAUCGACGGCUAUAAGAUCAUCUACUCAGAGAAGAUCGCUCAUGUGGGCAUGCUUGCUGAGCGCAUGAAAACAGGCCUGGCCAAGCUGAUGGAGGCAGAGCAGUCUGUGAGUCAGCUGUCCAAGGAGCUGGUUGUUAAGGAACAGGAGCUGGAGGUGGCCUCCAAGAAGGCUGACGGGGUCCUGCAGGAGGUAACAGUCAAGGCCCAGGCGGCCGAGAAGGUCAAGAUGCAGGUUCAGAAAGUGAAGGACAAGGCUCAGGUCAUCGUGGACGAGAUUGAAGCUGAUAAGAAAGUGGCUGAGAGGAAGCUAGAGGCGGCCAAGCCUGCGCUAGCAGCCGCAGAGGCCGCGUUGCAGACCAUCAAGCCUGCGGACAUCGCCACAGUGAGGAAACUGGGCAAGCCCCCACACCUGAUCAUGCGCAUCAUGGACGCCGUGCUGCUGCUGUUCCAGCGCAGGGUGGACCCUGUCACCCAGGACCCAGAGAGACCCUGCCCCCGGCCCUCCUGGAGUGAGGCCCUCAAACUAAUGCAGCAGUCUGGCUUCGUCAGCAUGCUGGUCAACUUCAGCAAGGAUUCUAUCACUGAGGAGGUAGUGGAGCUGUUGGCACCGUACCUGGAUAUGGAGGACUACAACCUGGAGGCAGCCAAGAGGAUCUGUGGUAACGUGGCUGGCCUCUGCUCCUGGACUGAAGCUAUGAAGGACUUCUUUUCCAUUAACAAAGAGGUCCUCCCUUUGAAGGCCAACCUGACCCUGCAGGAGGCCCGACUAGGCGUCGCCCAGGGGGAGUUAUCCCGGGCACAGGAGCAGCUGGACGCUAAGCAACGGGAGUUGGAUGAGGUGCAGGCGCUCUACGACGCCGCCAUGAGGGAGAAGCAGACCCUAAUGGACGACGCCACGGCCUGCCGGCGCAAGAUGGCCAACGCCACCGCACUCAUCGACGGGCUUGGUGGUGAGAAGAUCCGCUGGACCCAGAGCAGCGCCCUAUUCCAGACUCAGAUCAGACACCUGGUUGGGGACGUGUUGCUGGCUACUGGCUUCCUGUCCUACGCUGGUCCCUUUAACCAGGAAUACCGCAACCUACUGCUGCAGCUCUGGAGGAAGGAGAUGAGCACCCACCACAUCCCCUACAGUGAUGAGCUGAAUGUGAUCAGCAUGCUGGUGGACAAUGCCACUGUGGGGGAGUGGAACCUUCAGGGCCUACCCAACGACGACCUGUCCAUCCAGAACGGCAUUAUCGUCACCAAGGCCUCACGCUACCCCCUCCUCAUCGACCCACAAGGCCAGGGAAAGAUCUGGAUCAAGAACCGCGAGAAGGACAGGGAGCUAGAGGUGACAUCUUUGAACCACAAGUACUUCCGCUCCCACCUAGAGGACAGCAUGUCUCUGGGGCGCCCCCUACUGAUCGAGGACGUAGGAGAGGAGCUGGACCCUGCCCUGGACAACAUUCUAGAGAAGAACUUCAUCAAGUCUGGCUCCACGUAUAAAGUGAAGGUAGGAGACAAAGAGGUGGAUGUGAUGAAGGAGUUCACCCUCUAUAUCACCACUAAGCUGGCUAACCCAGCCUACACCCCUGAGAUCAGUGCUAAGACUGCUGUGGUGGACUUCACUGUCACUCUCAAAGGCCUGGAGGACCAGCUGCUUGGUCGGGUCAUCCAAAUAGAGAAACAGGAGCUGGAGUCGGAGCGUGUGAAGCUCUUGGAGGAAGUGACGUCCAACAAGAGGAAGAUGCAGGAGCUGGAGGAUAACCUCCUUUACAGACUGACCAGCACUGAGGGCUCUCUGGUGGAGGACGAGUCCCUUAUCGAGGUCCUGAGAGUCACCAAGACCACAGCAGAGGAGGUGAGUGAGAAGCUAACGGUGGCAGCCGAGACCGAGGUGAAGAUCAACCUGGCCAGGGAGGAGUACCGUCUGGUGGCCACACGGGGCAGCAUCCUCUACUUCCUCAUAGUGGAGAUGAGCCUGGUCAACAUCAUGUACCAGACCUCCCUACGCCAGUUCCUGGGCAUCUUCGACUCAUCCAUGGAGAAAUCCACCAAGUCCCAGAUCACCUCUAAAAGGAUCCUCAACAUCAUUGAGUUCCUGACCUACCAGGCGUUUCGAUAUACAGCGAGAGGCCUGUAUGAGGAUCACAAGUUCCUCUUCACCCUGCUGCUGGCACUGAAGGUCGACCUGCAGGCCAGGAACAUCUCCCACAGCGACUUUCAAACCUUUAUCAAAGGAGGUGCAGCCCUGGACCUGAACUCUGUGGAGCCCAAGCCGCGGCGCUGGAUCCUGGACAUAACGUGGCUGAACCUGGUCCAGCUGUCCAGCGUGCACCCUUUCACCCAGCUGCUGACCCAGGUCACCCACAAUGACCGCUCUUGGAGGGCCUGGUUCGACGAGCCCGCCCCCGAGGAGGCCCCGGUGCCUGACGGGUACGACAGCAUGCUGGACACCUUCAGGAAGUUAUUGUUGAUCAGGAGCUGGUGCCCCGACCGGACCAUCGCCCAGGCACGGCAUUACAUUGCUGAGUCGCUGGGGCCUAAGUACGCAGAGGGGGUCAUUCUGGACAUGGAGUCCAUGUGGGCGGAGAGUGACAAGAGGACUCCCAUGGUGUGCUUCCUGUCUAUGGGCUCCGAUCCCACAGAGAACAUAGAGAGGCUGGCCAAAGCAAAGGGAGCACCAUGCAGACCCAUCUCCAUGGGGCAGGGCCAGGAAGUGCACGCUCGCAGGUUAUUGGCCAACAGUAUGGCUGACGGAGGUUGGCUCCUCCUCCAGAACUGCCACCUGGGCCUGGACUUCCUGGACGAGCUGCUGGAGUCGGUCACCAACAACGAGAGCAUCCACGACGGUUGUAGGGUGUGGCUGACCACCGAGGUCCACCCCAAGUUCCCCAUCAACUUCCUGCAGUCGUCCAUCAAGUUCACCAAUGAGCCUCCUCAAGGUAUGAAAGCAGGGUUGAAAAGGACCUACAACAGUGUGACUCAGGAGAUGCUUGAGAUCACUAACCUGCCCCAGUGGAGACCUCUGUUAUACGCUGUGGCCUUCCUCCACACUACUGUUCAGGAGAGGCGUAAAUUUGGCCCCCUGGGCUGGAACAUCCCGUACGAGUUCAACCAGGCAGACUUCACCUCCAGCAUGCAGUUUGUCCAGAACCACCUGGAUGAGUUAGACGUCAAGCGUGGCGUCAACUGGAGCUGCCUGCGCUACAUGCUGGGCGAGGUCCAAUAUGGUGGCCGCGUCACAGACGACCUGGACAAACACCUUCUCAACACCUUCACCAGCGUGUGGUUCAGCGAGAGCAUGUUCGCUGACAAGUUCUGUUUCUACAAGGGUUAUACCAUACCCAAAGCCAAGAAUGUGCCGGAUUACCUGCUCCACAUUGAGACCCUGCCGCUGGUCGACUCGCCAGAGGUAUUCGGUCUUCAUCCUAAUGCUGACAUUACGUACCAGACAAACAUGGCCAACGAGAUCCUGAGCACUAUCAUCAAUAUCCAACCCAAGGACAGUGGAGGAGGGGGAGGGGAGACCAGAGAGGCCACUGUCCAGAAAUUGGCCAAUGAGAUGCUGGACAAGCUGCCACCAGACUACGUUCCAUAUGAGGUGAGAGCUCAUCUUCAGAAAAUGGGCCUUUUCCAGCCCAUGAACAUCUUUCUGCGGCAGGAGCUUGACCGCAUGCAGCGAAUCAUAGGCUGUGUACGGAAUACUCUCAGCGAUCUGAAACUGGCCAUCGAUGGGACCAUUAUCAUGUCAGAGGAUUUGAGGGAUGCCCUGGACAGCAUGUACGAUGCCCGCAUCCCCAAGCUGUGGCAGAAGAUCAGCUGGGACUCUGCAACGCUGGGCUUCUGGUUCACGGAGCUACUGGAGAGGAACCAGCAGUUUCAUACCUGGAUCUCCAGUGGACGGCCCCACCAGUUCUGGCUCACUGGCUUCUUCAACCCACAGGGCUUUCUGACUGCCAUGAGGCAGGAGACCACGAGGAUGAACCUGGCCAAGGGCUGGGCUCUGGACACUGUCGUCCUGCACAACGAUGUCACCCGGAUGAUGAGGGAGGACGUCACUGCGCCGCCGCCAGACGACAUUGGCGGAGUCUACAUCUACGGACUCUUCCUGGACGGGGCAGGGUGGGACAGGAGAAACGCCAAACUCACAGAGUCGCCACCAAAGGUCCUUUUCACGGUCCUCCCUGUGGUCCAUGUCUAUGCUAUCAGCACGUUGGCUUCCGAUGCCAAGCGUCAGCAAGGGAUAAGCCUGUACCCCUGUCCCGUGUAUAAGAAACCCAGACGCACAGACCUCACCUUCAUCUUCUCCCUGCUGCUGCGCACCGUCCAGUCCCCUGACCACUGGACACUGAGGGGAGUGGCUCUUCUCUGUGACUGCAAAUGAGUGGGAAUUUCACUUCAAGUGGUAGCCAUUUUAGUUUUGCAAAACCUGUUUGUGUAGGGGGAGGCAUUGGAUAGGUAGGGCUCCGUGUGUGCAUGUGUGAGUGUGUGUGUGUGUGUGUGUGUGAAUAAGUGACUGUGUGUGUGUCUCAACCACAUACUGAAUAUGACAAUGACGACAAUGUGUGUGUUUAUCUAAUUACAAGUGAUUUCUCAGAUUUACUGUAUGUCUAUGUUGUACAAAUUAAUUGAUUAAUUAAUAAUGCUAGCGUUUUGUGCAGCCAAAUUACUAUAUUUUGAAUUUUUAUUAAACAUAUUUUCAAAGAAUACCAGAAGAUGUAAACAAAGCAAAAGUCGUAUAGAAAUUCCUGUUUCUGAUUAACUCAUCACAUUCUGGUAUUUUAUCUCUUAAAGUGCUGUAGAAAAGAUA